CGAUACUCUUCAGAGGGCACAGAGUCUUCAACGUGAACAGACGCUUGUUCUAUUUCGGCUUAUUUUUUUUUUCUCCGUCAUCUUCAACGCUAAAUCUAUCUAAGUUGCCUAAUAGAGAGGAGAAGCCAACAUGGCGAAAGGACCUUUGAUCCCAGCUCGUUACACCUUCACAGCACUGGUCUCCAUCGGCCUGGCAAUCAUUUAUGGUCUGAAGGUGAACCUAAGCGUGGCGAUUGUCGUCAUGAUCAAUUCAACGGAGCUUGCGUCUAUGGCGUUGUCAGAAGCCUCUCACGGUGGGCAUCAUGGGAACGCCAACGAAAACGGAACGGCUCCACCGGAGUUUGCUUGCGCAGCUCCGGUGUCCCAUUCCAAUGCAACUGACACCAUACAGGAUGGACCAUUCGCGUGGCCCGAGCCUGUUCAGGGUUUGGUGUUAAGCUCCUACUUUUGGGGUUACCUUCUGACUCAGAUUCCGGGUGGAAUGAUAGCGGAAAAGUACUCGGCCAAGUGGGUCAUCUGGGCAUCUGUUCUCGUCAAUGUUGUUUUCACCAUUUUAACACCGUUGGCUGCCAACAUCAGUUACAUCGCUGUGCUCGUUGUUCGUUUCAUUGAAGGACUGGGUGCUGGUGUUUCUCUACCAGCCAUUCACGUUAUGUUGACAAAAUGGGUUUUGCCGCAAGAGCGCAACCUGAUGUCGUCGUUAGCUUAUGCUGGCAUGGCGCUAGGUACAGUCAUCUCGUUGCCAUUUUCCGGUAUUUUAGCCGCUGCACUCGGUUGGGAAGCAGUGUUUUACGUUCAAGGAGGUCUCUCUAUGAUCUGGUGCGUUUUAUGGCUAAUUUUUGUCUUCGACUCACCGGAAGAUCAUCCGCGUAUCCAUCCGGUGGAGUUGGAGCUUUUUGAAACGUCCAUGCAUCACGAUGACCACGAAAGUCAUGAAGCAUCUAAGGAAGCAGCGCAAUUAGAAGAUCACAACAUCACAGAGGGGUCUGUUGUUGUCAUGACUCCCGUUAUUCCAGACAAGCCGAAUGCGCAGAAAAGAAGAAAUAGUCACCAGGGACACCAUUGGCACGGGUUCCAUGGAUGGCACGGAUUUCACGGAUGGCACGGAUGGCAUGCAGGACACAAACAUCACGAACAUCCUAAACUCCACAAGGAACAUUUGAAAAAAAAAGGCCAUCACGGAGGACAUGGACAUCCGGAUUUGCCUAUUCCGUGGAAAGCUCUUGCUACUUCCGGUCCGUUCUGGGCUAUUCUGGUUGCUCAUUCGUGCAGUAAUUUUGGAUGGUACAUGCUGUUAGUUGAACUACCCACUUACAUGAAGGCCAUCUUACGCUUUAAUAUCAGUCAGAACGCUGGAUUAUCUGCCAUCCCGUACGUGUGUCUAUGGGUAUUCAGCAUUAUAUGGAGUAAUCGUUUAGAUUGGGCAAAGAGCAAAGGAUGGAUCACGACGACGACUGUGCGCAAACUGUCUACAGCCAUUGCAUCCUUAUUCCCCGCCGCUUGUUUUGUCGGAGUCAGUUUGGUGGGAUGCGAUCGCCAAGCCGCCGUGGCGUUGAUGACUGUCGGAACGAUGUUUGUCGCCGGAAUGUAUUGUGGCUUCCUCACCAACCACGUUGAUAUCGCGCCGAAUUAUGCAGGAACUCUUAUGGCUUUCACUAACACGGCAGCUACGAUUCCUGGUUUCAUCGUUCCCGCGUUUGUCGGCCACCUAACGCACGGAAAUCAAACACUUGGUCAAUGGCAAAUCAUUUUUUUCACAACGGCUGCGGUUUUUGUCCUCGAGUUCGUCGUUUACACAGUUUUCGCAUCUGGAGAAGAACAGCCAUGGAACCAUGUAGUGGUAGAUCAAAAGCCUGCAUUGGAGAAGCAUAUUACAGCAAAGGAAGUUCAUCAUGAAUCCGAAAGUGAACAGUUAGAAGGUAAAGCUGAAAAUCCUUAAAAGAGAGGAAGGAACGCUAUGUAAAUUAGGACCAAAAAGGUGAAAAGAAAUUGAUGGACGUGAAAUGUUGUGUGAUCAUGUUCAUGAAAAUUGUUGCUUUGGUAAUUAGAUGAACUUUGUUGCUAACGUUUAAUAUUUCGUAUGAUAAACUAUCGAAAAUUAUAUUUCCUUCGUAAUUUCUUUUCUCAUAUAAAGUUAUCUGUCUAUUUAUCUACUGUUUGUAAAGAGAAUAACGUAUACACUUCGAAUUACCUUUGCUUACCGAUGAAAAAAUUUAACUAGCAAUCAAUAUUGUGGUCGAUCCUAUUCUGCCGUGGAAUAAACGCUUUCUCGUAUUA